AUGAUAUUUGCCUCUUUCUUUAUCUAUAUGUCUUUCUGUCUCUCUUCCUCUCUUUCUCUCUUCCUCCUAUCUCUCUCUCUUUCUCUCUCCCUCCCUCGUUCCAUCUCCCCCACUUACUUUCAACUCCUCUCUUCCUCCCUCCCCUUCUCUAUUCCCCCCCCUCUCUCUCUAGCCUUCAUAGCCUCAUGGUUUCACUUUCUCUAUCUCUCUAAAACAAAAUCUAUCUAUCUAUCUAUCUUUCUUUCUUUCUUUCUUUCUUUCAGCUUCGUAAUUUUCAUAUACUCUCCAUUUUUUUAUAACUUCCUCGGUCGUUUUUCUCCUUUUUGUUUUAAAUAUAUUUUCUUUCUCUUAUGUAUUCCCUUCUACCAAAGGCGAACGGAAAAAAAAAAAUUCACGAAUUAUUUUCUUUAUUUUCCUGAAUCCUUUUCUACUUCCUGCCAACGUCACUUGAGCUUUCCAACCAUUUUCCCUUUCUCUUUAUCACAACCCAUUUCUUUCUUUCUUUCUUUCUUUCUUUCUUUCUUUCUUAAUCACUCUAAUUAUGUAACUUUUCUUUUUGUCAUUCGACCUUUCUUUCUCUCUUUCAACCGUUCCUUCUACAUUUCUCUCACUUUUGUCAUAUGUUUUUUUACAUUCUCUAUAUUACUUUCUCUCCCUCUCUUUUAUAAAUCCACUUUCUUUCUCUAUUUCUGA